AUGGAGGACAUUAACUCGAAUAUCAACGCCGACUUGGAGGUGCGGAAGCUCCAGGACUUGGUCAAGCAGCUGGAGAAGCAGAACGAGCAGCUCCGAGGUCGUUCGGCGAUGAUGUCGGCGGCCCACCACCGACCCCACAGCGCCGGCUACGAGUCCCUGUCGUCGUCGUCGUCCUCGCUGUUAUCGGGGGGCGACAUGGCCCCCGGGGUGGGGUUCGGCUACAGCGACCUGUUGCAGAACCGUCGCUGCCGGAGCCCACGGCUCUCCUACGACGGCGUCAGCUUUCGGAGGCCGUUCGAAGGCGAGGGCGCCUCGGCAGCCACCUCCGGCUCGGCCCGGAACUCGCGCUGUUCGGAAGACGACAACGACGACCGCGAGACCUCCAUCCUGGAUCAAGUGGACGUUCUGAACCUGGAGGACAUGGACUGUCUGCACGAAGACGACGACAGCUGGCUGUAUGAGGCCAAGCUGAACAGCCCCCUUCAAAAGGCGCUGAGCCCCAUGGUGUGGUGCCGCCAGGCUCUGGACAACCCCAGUCCGGACAUGGAGCUAGCUAAGCGUUCCCUCAUCCACAGACUGGAUCUCACGAUGUCAGCAAACAAGCGCCGCAGCCUGUACGGGAGCUGCUACAACCAGCAGGGGAGUUACGGAAGCCCGUACAGCCCCAAUGCUGCCAACAGUCCCUACAGCAGCGGUUUCAACUCCCCAUGCUCCACACCCAGCAAGGUGCCCGUCGUCAGACAGCCACUAAUGCCUGGUAACGCAGCCCACCAGCGCAACAUGGCGACGGAAAGAAACCCGCCCGCCAUCAGCCCACAGUCAUCGGCCGACAGCGAGCUGAGCACUUCGGAAAUGGACGACGACUCGGUGGGCUCUUCCACCACCUACAAGCUCAACAACGUCAAUGACGUGCAGAUUCUGGCACGCAUGCAGGAAGAGAGUCUGAGACAGGACUACGCCGCCUCAGCCUCCCGCCGUAGCUCGGGUUCGUCCUGCCACUCGCUACGUCGCGGCGGCUUCAGCGACCAGGAGCUGGACGCGCACAGUUUGGAAGACGACGAAGAAGCGGCAGCGCACCCUGCUUUCCGUCUGCCCGUCAGCCGCUUCAGUCCAUCACCACGACAUUCGCCGCGAGCAUCUCCGCGCGACUCUCCGCGAUCGCGCUCCCCGGACUACGGCCGCGCCUCGCCGCAGCCCACCGUCGGACGCCUUCAGCAGCCGCGUCGCUCAUUGCAAGGCCACACCGGGCAGACUGACACGGUCAAAAACGAAGAAAAGCUGCGUCGUAGUCUCCCCAACCUCACACGCUCCAACGCCACAGAGACCAUCAAGAACAACCGAGGAUGCGAAUCCAACAUUCAGAUGCCAAAUGGAGGCUCGCCCAGACACUACAGCCAAUCAGCUCCAGCACCUCAGAUCCCGAGACACUCCACCCCCAAAACCCAACAGCACCUCCAAAGCCCGACGGCCCGGCGAGUACCGCUCUCGUGUUGCUUCGGCGAUGAAGGUGACUUCAUUCCGCCAUCAAGCAAGCUGCGAACACCGGCCGCACCCUCGCCACUGGCCUUGAGGCAGCCCGUCAAAACCGCCGUGGGCGCCAACCCCGUCGCCACACCAGGGCGCUCGCUGGUUCCGCCCCGUAGUGGCCUGCCCCGCCCCAGUGCCCCGGCGGGCAGUGGAGCAGGAGGGGGCAUCCCUUUACCUCGCAGCAAGUUGGCACAGCCUGUGCGAAGAAGUCUACCGGCUCCUCGCGUCUACAGCGGCACCAGAGACAACCUGAGGGAAAGCUACUAG